AUGUAUAUUGUAAUAUCAAUUUUGUACUUUGUACUAGCUUCAGCGACAUCGUUUCAUUGCGAUAAUAAUGUCUACUCUGGAGACCUUUUUUCAAGUUCUCCGUUCCUGUUGUCAGAAGGUCAGGUAUCUGGAUUCCAUGGCAACUGUGGAUCGUACGAAUCAGAAUGUAUUCGUGAUGCUUCUGGACGUUUUGUAAAGACUCUUGUGGUAUUCAAUGGAACAGAGAGCGGCAAUCCUUACAGUACCACAAUGACUACAACGACCUAUGUGGAUUCUGAGUGUCAAGCUAUUUCGGAAGUCACUUUGAUGGAAAGAUUCGUUAUCACAACGUUGCGUGACCAUCGGAAAUACCAUUUGGAGCCUAUGGAAUCCACAGUUGUAUUCCAUUCUCAAGACUUGUUAGAUGCUGUUUGCUCUGGAUAUCAAUUAUCAAAGGGGAGAGAAUUCUACACAUCCGAAGUACCGUGCUUACAUAAAUACCGGAGUAGCUCAAAGAAUGUGCUAACAACGUUCCAGCAGUACUACUUGGAUAUCUUCGAUUUGGAGUCGAAUGUGUGGACAGAAUAUUAUCCGGUGAGCACAUCCGGAUGUAUUAAGGACGACGAAACUUUCUGUGGAACGUACCGCCGUUGUCAAUUUGAUCAAGACCACUCUUUCUUGCUCACAACAAAGAUCACUGGUGACUUUGGUCACUAUCCCGUAGAUAUCCGAUUUGACAAAGACGAGCAUUUUGGAGGGUACUGUAACGACUCGCAGAUUAUGCGUGGAUAUGCCUUCAACGUUACUCCUACGAAUGGUCAGAACAACUUCCGUUACCAGCUGCAUCACAUUUAUCUGAAACUCUCAGGUACUUGGUGGCAGAGCUUCUGGAAUUGCACGAAUUUCGAGACUGGCAAAGUGUAUGAUGUGAUGGAUGUGAAUUGUACUACGAUCGCCACUGGAGAGCCUGCAUUUGAUUCACUCCGUGAGAGGAUCGGCCAGAAGGGAAAUAUCUACUUGGAAUACAAGAACAACACGUUGACGCAUAACUGGGAUGGUACAAAAGCUAUAAUGGAUUUGAUGAACUAUGAUGGCUGUACAUUUUCGUGUGUUUGUUUUCUCAACUUCGCUACAUGUUGUGAAUACCGUUAG